GAGUUGGCCGACACCGCAAAUGCCAUUGUCGCUCCUGGUAAGGGUAUAUUGGCCGCAGAUGAAAGUGUUGGCACAAUGGGUAAACGUUUUGCGGAUAUAAAGCUUGAAAAUACCGAGGAGAACCGUCGCGCAUACCGUGAACUCCUUUUCACGACUGAUCCAGAAUUUGCCAAGUAUAUAUCUGGUGUCAUCCUCUUUCACGAGACGGUUUACCAAAAGACUAAGGACGGCAAGCCUUUUAUUGAAGUCCUUCGUGAGCGCGGUGUGAUUCCCGGCAUCAAGGUUGACUUGGGUGUCGUUCCUCUCGGCGGCACAGCUGAUGAGUGCACCACUCAGGGCCUAGACAAUCUUGCUCAGCGUUGUGCUCAAUACUACAAGGAUGGCUGUCGCUUUGCCAAGUGGCGCUGUGUCCUCAAAAUCUCCUCACACAACCCUUCUUAUCUCGCUAUGCUCGAAAACGCCAACGUGCUAGCUCGCUAUGCUUCCAUUUGCCAGCAGAAUGGCCUUGUACCGAUUGUGGAACCUGAGGUCCUUCCUGAUGGCGACCAUGAUCUUGAGACCGCUCAGUGCGUCACUGAGCAAGUGCUUGCUUUCGUGUACAAGGCUCUCGCAGAUCACCACGUCUACCUUGAAGGCACUCUCCUCAAGCCCAAUAUGGUCACCUGUGGUCACAGCUGCCCCAAAAAGUACACUGUUGAGCAAAAUGCUCGGGCUACCGUUGAGGCUCUACAGCGCACUGUGCCUGCCGCAGUUCCUGGCAUUGUUUUCUUGUCCGGCGGUCAGCCAGAACUUGAUGCCACGAGGAACCUAAAUGCCAUCAACAAGUUCCCUGGCAAGAAGCCGUGGAAGCUCACUUUCAGCUUUGGCCGUGCCCUCCAGGCCUCGGCGAUUGCUGCAUGGCAGGGCAAGCCGGAUCAGGUGAAGAUUGGCCAAGACCAGUUCCUUCAGUUGGCUAAGGCCAAUGGUGAGGCCAGCCUUGGCGCCUUCAAAGACGAUCUGAAAACCGCCGCUGGCCAGAAGUCACUCUUCGUCGCAAACCACGCCUACUAA